AUGUUGACCUUAACGGGCAGCAAGUCCUUGCCCAUUUCUACGUGCAAUGUUGAUCUUAACCGGCAGCAAGUCCUUGCCCAUUCCUGCAUGCUUGACGGUGUUACACCUACCAAUCUACGCAACAACGGUGCUGACAGUGUUGCUCCUGACAAAGGGGUUGACAAUGUUGUACCAAACAAUGGGACUAACGGUGUUGCUCCUGACAACAGGCUUGACGGUGUUGUACCAAACAAUGGGACCAACAGUGUUGCUCCUGACAACGGGCUUGACGGUGUUGUACCAAACAAUGGGACUAACGGUGUUGCUCCUGACAACGGGCUUGACGGUGUUUUACCAAACAAUGGGACUAACGGUGUUGCUCCUGACAACAGGAUUGACGGUGUUGUACCAAACAAUGGGACUAACAGUGUUGCUCCUGACAACGGGCUAGACGGUUUUGUACCAAACAAUGGGACUAACGGUGCUGCUCCUGACAACGGGCUUGACAGUGUUGUACCAAACAAUGGGACUAACAGUGUUGCUCCUGACAACGGGCUUGACGGUGUUGUACCAAACAAUGGAACUAACAGUGUUGCUCCUGACAACGGGCUUGACGGUGUUGUACCAAACAAUAGGACUGACAGUGUUGCUCCUGACAACGGGCUUGACGUUGUUGUACCAAACAAUGGGACUGACAGUGUUGCUCCUGCCAACGGGCUUGUACCAAACAAUGGGACUGACAGUGUUGCUCCUGACAACAGGCUUGACGGUGUUGUACCAAACAAUGGGAUUAAUAGUGUUGCUCCUGACAACGGGUUUGACAUUGUUGUUCCUGACAACAGGCUUGACGGUGUUGUACCAAACAAUGGGAUUAAUAGUGUUGCUCCUGACAACGGGUUUGACAUUGUUGCUCCUGAAAACGGGCUUGACAGUGUUGCUCCUGACAACGGGUUUGACAUUGUUGCUCCUGACAACGGGCUUGACAGUGUUGCUCCUGAAAACGGGCUUGACAGUGUUGCUCCUGACAAUGGGUUUGACAGUGUUGCUCCUGACAACGGGCUUGACAGUGUUGCACCUGACAACGAGCUUGAAAACGUUGCUCCUGGCAACGGGCUUGACAGUGUUGCUCCUGACAACGAGCUUGAAAGUGUUGCUCCUGCCAACGGGCUUGACAGUGUUGCUCCUGACAACGAGCUUAAAAGUGUUGCUCCUGCCAACGGGCUUGAAAGUGUUGCUCCUGACAACGGGUUUGACUGUGUUGUUCCUUACAACGGGCUUGACAGUGUUGCCACUAACUACGGGUUUGACAGUGUUGCUCCUGACAACGGGUUUGACUGUGUUGUUCCUUACAACGGGCUUGACAGUGUUGCCACUAACUACGGGUUUGACAGUGUUGCUCCUGACAACGGGUUUGACAGUGUUGCUCCUGACAACGGUUUUGACAGUGUUGCACCUGAUAACGGAUUUGACAGUGUUGCUCCUGACAACGGUUUUGACAGUGUUGCUCCUGACAACGGACUUGACAGUGUUGCUCCUGACAACGGGCUUGACAGUGUUGCUCCUUACAACGGGUUUGACUUUGUUGCUCCUGACAACGGGUUUGACAGUGUUUCUCCUGACAACGGGUUUGACAGUGUUGCUCCUGACAACGAGCUUGACAGUGUUGCUCCUGACAACGGGUUUAACAGUGUUGCUCCUGACAUCUGGUUUGACAGUGUUGCUCCCGACAACAGGGUUGACAGCGUUGCUCCUUACAACGGGUUUGACUGUGUUGCUCCUCAAAACGGGUUUGACAUUGUUGCUCCUUACAACGGCAUUGACAGUGUUGCUCCUGACAACGGGUUUGACAGUGUUGCUCCUGACAACGGGUUUGACAGUGUUGCUCCUUACAACGGGCUUGACAGUGUUGCUCCUGACAACGGGCUUGACAGUGUUGCUCCUGACAACGGGCUUGACGGUGUUGUACCAAACAACGGGCUUGACGUAACAGUGAACACGUCGACAAAGGUACAUGGAUUGUGA